ACAGAGUGGGAGUAGAUUGCUGACGGAAGAGUGUGGUAGCUCUCAACGUGGCGUUUUGGCCGGAGGUUUCUCAUUUCCUGGACAGCGGCCACUUCCGUAUAGAGAGCGAGGGGGUUAACUUUACUACCUAACGGUGUAUGUGUGUGGGACUGGGAGUGUCAGCUGACUCUGAGAGAAAGAGAGUCAGACAUUGAUCUCAGCUCAGUCUGAGCAGUGCUGGGAUUUACUCUAUAUAAACAAAGAAUGACUGCUAGUAUCGUCUGUGCUCCCUCUUCUUGUGACUGCUUUGUUGCUCUUCCACCUGCCACUGAGAGAAAAGAGGUGAUUUUCGGGAAGAACUCGGACAGACCAUGGGAUGAGGUUCAGGAAGUGAUUUACUUUCCUACAGCUGUGUAUGUACCAGGCUCUAAGGUAGAGUGCACCUACAUUGAAAUCGAGCAGAUUGAGAAAACACAUGCAGUAAUUCUCAGCAGGCCGGCCUGGCUGUGGGGAGCUGAAAUGGGUGCCAACAGCCAUGGUGUCUGCAUUGGCAACGAGGCCGUGUGGACGAAAGAGCCUGUCAAUGAGGAGGAAGCACUUCUUGGAAUGGACCUCGUCAGGCUUGGACUGGAGAGAGGUUCCACUGCUAAGGAAGCCCUUGAUGUUAUUACAUCCCUUUUGGAGCAGUAUGGCCAGGGUGGAAACUGCAAAGAAUCCCCAGAAGCAUUCAGCUAUCAUAAUACUUUUCUGAUUGUGGAUAGAAAAGAGGCUUGGAUACUGGAGACAUCUGGGCAAUACUGGGCUGCUCAGCGAAUUUCAGAAGGAGCAAAAAAUAUCUCCAAUCAGCUGACCAUCACCACAGAGAUCAGCUUUGAGCACCCUGAGCUUCGAAACUAUGCCCAGCGUCGGGGAUGGUGGAGUGGUGUUGGUGAGUUCAACUUCUCCAAGAUUUUCUCCCCGACUAACCCACCAAUGAGAAUGGAGGCUGCAAAUGUUCGUUACACAGGAGGCAAGGAGCUGCUCUGUAAACAAGAAGUGGGAAGCAUCCAAGCUGAGACUAUCAUGGACAUCCUACGUGAUAAAGAAAGUGGAAUCUGCGUGGACUCCGAAACUGUCUGUACCACAGGCAGUAUGGUUUCCAUUCUACCUCAGGAUGACAGUUUGCCCUGUGUGCAUUUCUUUACAGCCACUCCUGACCCUUCAAGAUCUGUCUUCAAACCCUUCAUCUUUAUCAAUGAUGUUAUGCCAGUCCCAAUGGUGAUUUCUCCGAAUUAUGGUGAUGAUGAUCCUGUCAGGACACAGCCUCGGUUCCAGAGAAAACUGGAUCGCAGACAUGAAUUAUACAAGGCCCACCAACAGGCCAGAGCUGUGAUGGAGAGUGGACAGGAGGAUGGUGCAAAGUUGCACCAGACCAUGCAAAACCUUGAGCGACAAGCAUUGACUGCUAUCAAAAACAUGUUGACUAGUGGAGGAACGUUUGAUCCAGAGGAGAUGACAGAUCUGUUCUUUGACUGUGUUGACACAGAGAUCAAAUUUUACAAAUAAACUGUCAAGUAUGAAACUGCUGCAAAUCCCCUUUAGAUUGUGGUAAUCAACUGUUGGACCAUUGACCAGAGAAAGUAAAGCAAAUGGAUAUCUUGCUUGAAGCCAUUGAACGUGACUCAUGCAUAUGUGAGGCAUAUGGUGAGAUAUGCCUCACCGUAUCUGUGUUGAAAACUCUCUUCCCUGCCUUUUGGAUUUGCUGAUGUUUUGAUUUUUAACUAAUGGAAAAAUAGUCUUUUGUCACUGCUGAUCUUGAGACACUGGUAAGCUGAUUGGCAGUGAAAUAAGUAUUGAGAUGUACUUUCAUUCCAAAAGAAAGUAUCCCUUUUGUAGAGUUUUAACACAGCUAUUCCUAAUUAAAGCUAAUUAACUUGGCCCACUAAACAGUAGGUUAAUGUUGGGAAUAAUCAGCUUAAAACAGAUUUAGGUUUGUGAUUUCAAAUCAACUGUGUUCAUCUUAUUAAUAUCAGGCAAUAUUCGUGUGUUCAGGCAACUGUAGACCAGGAAUAACCUAAAAUCUAACAUUGGUUGGCGGCCAUGAGCUGAGAAAUGUUACACUAAUCCACAAACCAAGGCAUUUUUCAUUAAAAUUAAUAGAGCUGUGAUUACUGUUUUUCAAAAAAAGUCACUUAAGUGUUCACUUACAUUAGUAAUGUGUUCUAUGAAAUAUAUUGCUAUGACAGCAAUGCCCUUUUCAGUUGGUGUUUAAAUUGGUCCAGUAAUUUCUUAAAAAUCUCCUCUUCCUUCCUACUGGAAGUUUAUCCAAAAAUAUAGGGUUACUGCAUGAAGCAGCAGCUGUAUGGAGAUGGGUUUGGGAAAACGCCAGUUUCUGUCACUAUCCCUGCUGACAGUCGGACUUUAAUUUUCAAAAAAAAUGAAAAUCAAGAUGUUUAAUUGUCUCUAAUGUCCUGUCAUGGAAAGAGAACCCUGCCUCGAAUCUUGCUCGUAAGUGACAUUGAAUGAGUUCUGCUUGAAAAUGCCUAUGUGUGAACAUAAUUCCUCUGCAAACUUGUAUAACUUACUGCCAUUCAUUGCACAGUCAUGGGCAUGAAGACUUUUCAAGUGGGUGAAGUAUAGGCUUGUAUUGGUGUCCUGCAAGAAUUGGGGUGGUGAGGCAUGGGGGAGAAAGAUAAAGGAAAAAAAGACUGCAUUUUAAAUGAAAUGCUGCCCAUCUGUCCUUAACAAGUAAAGUUAUUUUUUUUAGACUGUUUUUAAUGUUGUCCUUCCACUGUUACAGAGAUUACUUUGAGUCUUGAUCUUCAAUUCUGUGGCCCAUGUGUGUCCAGUGAGCAGUUGUGGUAAUUUGGUGUAAGGGUUGGAGCAAGUCUUGAUCUGUUUUAAUGUUUGCUACUUACUAAAAGAAAAAUAGAAAAUACUCUAAAACAAUGUAAAGACAUUGUUUGUGUGAGAAAUCAUCCAUGACAAAUGCUGCCAGACCCGAUUGUUUUUGGUAAUUUCUGUUUUUAUUUCAGAUUUCCUGGAUUCUUUUGCUUUUGUAUUGUAGUUGCUUUCUGUUAUGUUAAUGUUUUAAACUUGCAAACACUGUUGCAGUUAUUUUGAGGGUUGGAGGGCCUUGGAACAACUGAAACAAAGGCUUGGUUAUACAAAACUUGAAUAUUUUAGAUAAGCCAAACAUGUUGUGAAAGUUCUUUGUAUUGGACUCAUCAGGACUAAUGCAAGAAUACCAAAUUUCAAAUGAUCACAGUUUUAUACUACAUACAAAAAGACCAUAGACAUAAAAGUAGGCCAUUCAGCCCAUUGAGUCUGCUCUGCCAUUCAAUGAAAUCAUGAUUGAUCUGAAAACUCUCAACUCCACUUUGCUGUCUUUUCUGCAGAACCCUUGAUUCCUUCUACUGACUAAAAAUAUCUGUCUCAGUCUUGCAUGUACAUAGUGAGCCAACUUCAACAGCCUCUGUGCUAAAGAAUUCUGCAGAUUUACAGCCCUAAAAAAUAUCUACUAAUGUCUCUAUUAAAUGCACGCCCUCUUAUUCUCAUACUCAUCCACAAGGUGAAGCAACUAUUCCACAGGUACCCCAUCAAGUGUCGAAGAUCUUGUAUUCUUGGAAAAAAAGUGAACCCUCCUUAUUCUAUAUUCGAGUACAUACCCAAUCUACUUGACCUUCUCCACAGAGUCCAUCCAAACCAAGAAUCAAACCAAUGAAUUUUUUUUUUAAUUCAUUCAUAUGGGAUAAGCGUAUCACUACUAGGUUGGCACUUAUUGCCCAACCCUAAUUUCAAGUAGGCUAGACCAGGUAAGGAAGGCAAUAUACAUGGUCAUCAUUAGACUCUUAAUUCCAGACGGUGUUUUUUUUUUAAAUUGAAUUUAAAUUCCACCAUCUCCCAUGAUGAGAUUUGAACCCAGGUUCCCAAACAUUAGCUGGGUCUUUGGAUUAACAGCCCAGCACUACUACCAUUAGGUCAUUGUCUCUCUCCCCUUCUCUGGAAUGCCUCCAAUGGCAGUAUAUCUUUUCUUACAAAUGGGGCCCAAAAAUGUUCACAAUAUUCCCAGGUGACCUGACUAGUAUCUUGGAGAGUUGUAGCAAAAUCUCUGACUUUUGUACUCUAUUCCCUCUGAAAUAAAGGCCAACAUUCCAUUUGCCUUCGCUAUUACCAAUGAACUUGGAUUCUAGUUUUUCAUGAGUCAUGGAAAAAGCUGCUGAUUUGGUUUGGAUGAUAACUCUGCUUGGCCAAUGCAUUGCCAUGGAGAAAGCAACGGGGAAGCCAUAUACUUCCAAGCUCAAACAAAAGCACUUGGCUUUCUUAUCAAAUAGAGUUGACCAGCCAACUGAUCAGCACCCUGUUUUUGUGUAGUAUACAUUUUUGCGAUUGUUUGAAAUUUGGCAUUCUUGCAUUCUCCCUGAUGUUUACAAGCUGAAACACUUUGUUUUGCAGAAAAGAAAAAUAUGAGUCACCCUUCCCUCUAAAUAAUCCCAAUUUUCAUUUGUAGCCAAGAGCCUUUGGGAGAGGCAAGGGGGAGACGUCAGAAGAAAUAUAGAAAAUUGAUGUAGUUUGACUGAAAAAAAUCUUACUUUGCCACAUUUGAAGGACACACAAUUCUAUUUCCUAAAAUGGUGGUCUUUAUAUUUAUUUAUCUUUACAUUUAAAAAGAAAAAGCUUGGCUAGUUAAGUUGAAGGCUGGUUCUACAGUUUUAACCAGACUGUACUUAUUUCAACCUUAUAAUAUUCUAUUUGAAAUCCUUUUUGGUACUGAUCUGACAUCAGCUAAGGGAAAAUUGUACAGUAUAUCCAAUUUAAAGGGAUCCUGAGUCUUAAGAGGCCAUUUAUAUUACAGAAUUAAUUAAAGGGGAAGUGUAAUCCACUAAAUUGCCGUAUAAUCCUGCAUGUUGAAAACAUACACUUACUGGCGUCUCCCUGUCUCCAGUUCUGUGGGGGUGAAAUUCCUCUUUUAACGAAGAGCAGGAGAUGGCCUUUUUUUAUUUUGCCCCCUGUAAUUAAUGCCCUCGCCAAACAAGUCAUCUUGAGAUGGUCACAUGCUUGGAAAUGUUGCACUUGUGACUCCAUUUGCUGCCUUUUUUGUUAGAGACAAAAAAGAGCACUUUUUUUGUUUCAUCCUUUAACAUUUCGCAGGGCACAGUCAUUUGGCAAAGAAUUCCAAUCAUGUCAUAAAUUUGGAGUCACCCCUACAAUCACCCUCGUCCUCCAGGAUCUUAAUGAAGCAGUGUUAACUCUAGAGAUUUUAGGGCCAGAAACUCCCCUUAUUAUAGUGGACUGUGAACAUUUCUAAAAUUUGAAAUACAAUUUCAAAAAAUAUAUAUUGAAACUGUCCACUUCAUUUGUAUCUCCUCCCCAAAAUGCAUUAUGUUUUUCCAACUGAGUUGUAAUUUACCGCAAAAAGAAUUUGAGCCGGCUUUUGAUUCAUUUGAAUUGUUUUGGAAUGUGCAAAAAUGGGCACCCAACCCUUUUAAAGGUUUUUAAUUUCUCUUGCCCUGCAUUUUCAGUGAAUUGGGUAAUGUGCUUGCCUCCAAUUCCUACCUGAACUGUUUUAACCCAACUUACACCUGUUGAAAGUGAGGUAACAUACAAAUUAAUGCAAAUAAGACAAAUUUAUAUGCAUGCAUUAACAGUAGAGAAUAGAAAAUAGUUAAAUCUACAAAAAUGAGAGCUCCAAGCUUGCGUUGCACCAUGGAUUCCAAGCAAGGAUUAGAGUUUCAAAGCAUAGAAAUGAGCCAUUAUUGGUAAAUGUCAAAAUGCCAACCAGUGUUCUGCAUUAUGUGAGCAAUACAGAUGAAUAGUACCCUUUCCCUCUUUGUAGACUAGAAUGUGAGACAAAGGGAAGGAAAAAUACAUGUUAGUUUAAUACUAUGUCAAAGAAAAUGUUGGCAUAACUUGUGGUGUGCAAUAAAUACCAAGUCAAAAGAAAAAUGUGUUCGAAAAAUGUUCUGAGAACAGCCAAGUGAAGUUACUCUGUCACAGACUGUGAAAUGUUUCUGUAUUAUUUAUGAUGCUGUUAACUAAUAAAUUACAAAAAUGAC